CAGUUUGAGUAGCGAAUGGGAUGGACAGUGAUACAUUGCACAGGAUCCAGUCAGUCAACAGUGUAGACAGCACGUGGAAAGGUAAAAUGGCCAAAACUCCAGAAAUACCGAAAUGGCUGAGUAUCUGCACUAAUGAACUUAUCACACGGGUGAAGAAUGGUCAAUUGCGAACGCUACCUUCAUGUUGGUCAAGCAUGACUUGGAGUGCAGCACAAUUAAGAGAGCAACGUGCAGAAUACAUCGUGGAAUUACGAGGGGAGAUCUUUAUAGACAAAAUAUCGAACAAAUCUGAUCUCAAUGAGCUCAGAUGUAUUCAGAAGCUACAGUAUCUUCCAACAGAUGAAGUUUUCGCUAUUUUAUGUGAAUUAUUAUCAAACGGCAAAACAGAAGUGUGCGUUACUCUGACUUAUCCAAAUACAGGUUGGGUAAUAAUGGGACCAGGUUACCUAAACGAUAAUGAAACGCCAAACGAAGCUCAUUUUUUAAAGGAGGUCAGAACAUUCAUGGAUUCUUUGAUCGAAGAAGAUUCCAUGAAACGGAAUAUAUUUGCAACCAUUAUGGCUUUCUUUGCCGACCUAGUGCAAGAUGCUGUCAUAAACUACCGCGAUCAACCAGCGCUUGCUAGUCUGACGCGAUAUCAGAUAGCCCACCAAUUUGGAGGUAUUUUAUUUACCAUCUUUUGCGGUAGAUGCAAAAAGCAAAUAAAAGAUAAAAGUAAAUCAUGUGGUUACUGCAAUAUUGUUUGCGAACUACUACAAAAACCUUACAGUGUGGAUCUGAUGGAUCGUUUACUCCGUUACGUACCUGCAGACUUUUGGCGAAGUGUUAUGCAGACAAGUGUCCAACGACCCACAUCCGCCAUCUCGCUCGAUUCCGAACAGCUCCACCUGGAUAUACAACACAUGUUUCUAAGACAGAAGCCAGUAUUAAAACCGAGACGCAAAAAUUCGCUUCCCCCACCAAGAUACAAAGCAUCUCUAGUAGCCCCUAAUAUUGCCUCGUCGGCAAAAGUGUCUUCAAGAGAUGGAAGCUUGUCUAGCCCAGAAUUGGAGCAUAUGGUACGUCCUGAUACAUCAUUUGCUUCAAGAAUGCCCAUCGAAGGGGCGACGAUUGGUAAAGGCACAUCGGGUGCAAAACGUGUUUCUAGACCUGUGCGACGGAAUAAAAAGUCAGCUGUAGAUAAACGUGGCACCAGCGCCCAUCGACAGACUAAGCGGGUGUCGCGGAAGUCCAGCUAUGGGAAACCUGCCAGAAGAAGUAGGAGACCCAAAUCAUCGCGUUAUUCAAGCAAAGGAGGUAGAGUAGUACAGAGCCCAAUGAAAAGGUGAUUCAAAGUGGUAUUGUCCAUAUUUGUAUAACACCCAUCAACGCUUGAAAAAGAAGACUAAGGAGAAACCGAGCAAGUACUACUGAUGUGGCGAUGUCUUUAACAUUUAAGCUCUCACGCUUGUCAUGCUACAUGCAUUUCAGAAAUGACCACUUGCUCCUCAAUAAAGAAAAAACCUUGUACAAUUUCAUAUUUGAUAAUCUGUAAAACAACACAUAACUGUUUUGAAGUAUACUGUUAGAAAUCGG